CCGUUAAAUGCAUCUCUUCCCAUCCAGAAGACCUGGGAGGUCUAUUCCCUAUAGCUCUUUACAGAAGGGUUGUUAAAGCUCCUCGGGGAGUUCUCGGGCACUAUAGAAAUGCAUCAGCUUGUUAUUUCAGAGGGACAGGGAUGAGCCUUGCCUGGCAAGCAGGGGAUGAAAAGGAGAAGGGGAGCAGACCCAGGGCCAGCAGAAAGGGGUGGCUGGUGAUGGGGAAAGAGGGUUAAAAGUGUCCCAUUGUUAGGGAAGUUUGCUCUGCUUCAGACCAUCCAGCUCCCAGGGCCACUGUGCUGCCUUUUGAAGUGCAACCUUAGGCGGUUCCUUGUCACCCAUUGGAGAGGGAGCUUUUUUACCACAUUAAGUCAUUGGGUAGCAAAUGAAUGGGGGGGUUUUGACUAUUCACAACUUCACCUUAUAAAUAUCAGGGUUGGUGGCUCCUGCAGCUUCCCUCCACCCCGAAGCUCACCUUGGGAAGGAGCAGAGGGAGGCGGCCCUGCUCACUCGGGACCUGUGGUGCAGAGAGCUACAGACCAGCACAAGGGAUCCAACCUUCUCCUUGUGACAGCCAUGAAGAGAAGCACCUUCCUCAUCCUCUCCAUCGCAGGGCUCUUCGGUGCCAUCCUCCACGCAGCAGCAUGGUCUGUGAAUAACUUUCUGAUGACAGGACCUAAGGCUUACCUGACGUACUCCAGCAGCGUGGCGGCCGGCGCUCACAGCGGGAUGGAGGAGUGCAAGUUCCAGUUCGGAUGGGAGCGCUGGAACUGCCCCGAGAGCGCCCUGCAGCUCUCCACACACAACCGGCUCCGCAGCGCCACCCGGGAAACGUCCUUCGUGCACGCCAUCAGCUCUGCUGGUGUCAUGUACACCCUCACCAGGAACUGCAGCAUGGGGGACUUUGAGAGCUGCGGCUGCGAUGACUCCAGGAACGGCCGCGUCGGUGGCCGAGGCUGGGUCUGGGGAGGAUGCAGCGACAACGUGGAGUUUGGGGAGAGGAUUUCCAAGCUCUUUGUGGAUGCUCUGGAAACAGGACACGAUACCCGGGCACUGAUCAACCUGCACAACAAUGAAGUCGGGAGGCUUGCUGUGAAAGCCACGAUGAAGCGAACCUGCAAGUGCCACGGCGUGUCCGGGAGCUGCAGCAUCCAGACCUGCUGGCUCCAGCUCGCCGAGUUCCGCGAGAUCGGGAACUACCUGAAGAUAAAAUACGACCAAGCCCACAAGCUGGAGAUGGACAAGAGGCGGAUGAGAGCCGGCAACAGCGCCGACAGCCGCGGGGCCACGGCAGAGACCUUCCACCACGUCCAUGCCACGGAGCUGGUCUUCCUGGAGGACUCUCCCGACUACUGCACCAGGAACGCCAGCCUGGGCCACCACGGCACCGAGGGCCGCGAGUGCCUGCAGACGGGCAAGAACCUCUCGCAGUGGGAGCGGAGGAGCUGCCGGCGGCUGUGCACUGAGUGCGGUCUGAGGGUCGAGGAGAGGAGGACCGAGGUGGUGGCCAGUUGCAACUGCAAGUUCCACUGGUGCUGCACGGUGCGGUGCGAGCAGUGCCGGCAGCUGGUGGCCAAGCACUUCUGCACCCGGCGCGACACCGCGGCGCCCAACCACGUCAAGCAGAGGAACAAGGGUCAUAAGAGAUAAAGGGGCAGAUGUGGUGCCCAAGGAGGACACCUUGGUGGUGUCCCUGUUGCUUGGCAGCCACUGGUGGAGCUGGGGUGGGAGGGAGCAUCCCCAGGGUCCAGAGGGACCUGCUGAGGAUGGAUGCUGUGAGAUUAGGAAGCACAAAGUGCAGGCGCUGAGGGACCACGGUCCUCCUUGCUUCCAUGGUGGGUCUUCAGUGUUUACUAGUAGUAAAUGUUUACUAAUA